AUGGCCUUGGAACAUCAAAAAGCUAUAGCCCAGCCCUUCCAGACUGUGAGACCUAUGAUGGAGAAAGUGGAAGGAAGAAACCAGACAAUCAUCACAGAAUUCAUCCUCUUAGGAUUUGGGGAGGGCCCAGAACUCCAGCCCCUUCUCUUCUUCGUCUUCUUCGUCAUCUACUUUGUGACUUUGACCGGGAACCUCUUCAUCAUUGCGCUAGUGGUGGCUGAUCAGCACCUCCACACCCCCAUGUACUUCUUCCUGUGGAACCUGGCCUUCUUGGAGACUUCCUAUACGUGCACCAUCCUUCCCAGGCUGCUGGCCAGCCUUCUGACUGGGGACAGAGCCAUCUCCGUUAAGGGCUGCCUGGUACAAUUUUAUUUCUUUGGCAUCCUGGCAACUAUCGAAAUUAUAAUUCUCACGGCCAUGUCGUAUGAUCGGUAUCUAGCCAUCUACCACCCUCUCCGCUACACUGCGCUGAUGAAUGUCAGGGUGUGUAGCCAGCUGGUGGCAGGGUCCUGGAUGGUUAGCAUUGUGACCUGCACCAUCGUGGAUAGUUUCAUGUUCCAACUAACCUUCUGCAAUUCCAGGGAAAUUGACCAUUUCUUCUGUGAUUUUACAUCCAUGUUACCGCUCUCCUGUAGCGACACCCAGACUGUGCAACUGCUGGCGCUAAUUGCUGCUGUCAUAUGGACAGUUGUGCCCUUUCUACUUACACUUGCAUCCUACGUUUGUAUCAUCUCUGCCAUCCUGAAAAUCCCAUCCAAUGGGAGGCAAAAGGCCUUUUCCACCUGCUCCUCCCACCUCAUGGUGGUGACACUUCAUUAUGGGAUCUCAUUUGCUGUCUAUGUGGUUCCAAUAGUCAGUGCUCCCAAAGUAUCGCAAAAAGUAUUUUCUGUCUUCUGCACAGUCCUGACUCCCAUGAUCAACCCCAUCAUCUACUGCCUGAGAAACAAGGAGGUCAAUGAGUCCCUGAGAAAAGCUAGACCUAUGAUGGAGAAAGUGGAAAGAAGAAACCAGACACUCAUCACAGAAUUCAUCCUCUUAGGAUUUGGGGAGGGCCCAGAACUCCAGCCCCUUCUCUUCUUCGUCUUCUUCGUCAUCUACUUUGUGACUUUGACCGGGAACCUCUUCAUCAUUGGAGACUUCCUACACCUGCACCAUCCUGCCCAGGCUGCUGGUCAGUCUCCUGACUGGGGACAGAGCCAUCUCCCUUAA